UGUUUGGAGGCUAAAAUGGGAAAGGGAAAGGGAAAGGGAAAGAAAACUAGGGUUUCUCAUGAAGAAGAAGAAGAAGAAGAAAUAAAUCACGAGAAUCUGAAUGAAUCUUCGACCAAUGAGAAGAGCCUUUACGAGGUUCUUGGUGUUGAAAGGUCAGCAUCUGAAAAGGAAAUAAAGAAAGCAUAUUAUAAGUUAGCCUUGCAACUCCAUCCUGAUAAAAAUCCUGGGGAUGAGGAAGCAAAGGAGAAAUUUCAACAAUUGCAAAAGGUCAUAUCAAUUCUUGGCGAUGACGAGAAAAGGGCGCUUUAUGAUCAGACUGGUUGUGUUGAUGACGCUGAUCUUGCAGGUGAUGUUGUUCAAAAUUUGAAAGAAUUUUUCGGAGCUAUUUACAAAAAGGUUACUGAGGCUGAUAUUGAAGAGUUUGAAGCAAACUAUAGGGGAUCCGAUUCAGAAAAGAAGGAUUUGAUUGAUCUGUAUAAGAAGUACAAGGGGCAUAUGAACAGGCUCUUCUGUUCAAUGCUCUGUUCGGAUCCUAAACUUGAUUCACAUCGUUUCAAGGAUAUUCUUGAUGAGGCACUAGGUGCAGGAGAACUGAAAGCUACUAAAGCUUACCAAAAAUGGGCUACAAAAGUAUCUGAAACUAAACCACCAACCAGUCCUCUGAAAAGGAGGGGGAAAGCAAACAAGCAAUCUGAGUCAGAUCUAGUUGCAAUUAUAUCUCAACGCCGAACUGAGAGGAAAGACCGGUUUGAUUCCAUGUUCUCAUCAUUGGUGUCUAAGUAUGGUGGUGUUAGUGCAAAUUCAGAACCCACUGAUGAAGAAUUUGAGGCUGCACAGAAGAAACUCGAUAAUCGAAGGGCCUCCAAAAAAUCAAAGCGGAAGUAACUUUGCUUCAACAACAUUUGCUUAUGGUUGAUUAUGUACAAAUUUUGAUUCUGCAGCAUUCGGCAUAUUUCUUUGUUCUAUUCUGUAAGCCUGGCUUCUAACUGAAUUCAAGCUAGACUGCCAUAUCUUGUUUAUUUAAUUAUAUAUCCCAAAAAAAAAAAAAAAAAAUUGUUCCCCAAGUAAACAUAUGAAAAAUUUCAGUUGUCUAUUUUUAAGCUUUGCGUCAUAGAACAUUUUAGGGACUUAAAGUUCAGUCAUAUCUAGGGAUGAAUUUCUGCAUUACAGUUAAGAAUAUCUUUAAGGUGA